AUGAACCUUCCCGGCGUUCCUCGCCGCCGUAUCACUUGGCGCAUCAAGGACCAUGAGGCCUUUAUGAGAGAUCAGCUGGUGAGAAACAUGACACCUGGCGGCAAGGUCGUUGAGCCUCAAUUCUAUGCCAGCGACGAUGUGGAUCCACUCACAGUCCUAGAUGAUCUCAUUUUUCGGGACAAAGUAGAUGUUGUCUAUGGCCCUCGCGUAGCCGCUCGUCGUCGAAUCGAAUGGCCCGCAAUGGAUAUGGAUAUCCGCCAGAGCCUUGACCAAGAUUUUGCAGACCCCAAUACUCUCGUCUCCCCAUCAGCCAGUUGUUAUCGACAGUGA